AUGGCCAAGAAGGACAAGAAGAGCAAGGAGGCCAAGAAGGCUCGGAUAGCCCAAAAAAACGAGAAGAACGCCAAGAAGGCAGGUGAAAAGCUAAAGAAGCUUUCGAAAAAGGCUGGAGACGAUCUAGAGGACGACGUCGAUCUGGAUGAACUACUGAAGCAGCUAGCUUUAGAGCAGCAGGAAUUUGAGGAAGUUCAUGUUGAAGUCAUUGACAGACCGCUAAAGAGACUCAACGCCACGUUUGCUGCAAGCAACACCAAUGGCCGUCGAGAGCUGGUUCUUUUUGGAGGAGAAGUUAACACGGGCCAGACAGUCCAUUUCUAUAACGAUCUUAAUGUUUUCUCCGUCGACUCGAAAACUUGGAGACGGUAUGUGUCCAAGAACUCGCCGCUCCCGAGGUCGUCCCACGCCAUGUGCUACCAUCCGUCUGGUAUCUUUGUGAUGCAUGGUGGUGAAUUUUCGUCUCCCAAACAAUCCACUUUCCACCAUUUUUCGGAUACCUGGAUUCUGGACUCGCAGACCAAAGAAUGGGCAAAAGUUGAUGGAAAGGGUCCUCCGAACCGUAGUGGACACCGCAUGGCGUGCUGGAAAAAUUACGUGAUGCUGUUUGGUGGCUUCCGCGAUCUUGGCUCCCAUACCACAUAUCUCAAUGAUCUGUGGCUGUUUGACAUCACUACGUACAAAUGGAAGCAGGUGGAGUUCCCAGCGUCGCAUUCGAUUCCAGAUCCGCGGUCUGGACAUUCUUUCAUGGCCACAGACUUUGGUGCUGUGGUUUAUGGGGGCUACUGUAAGGUGAAAGCUGGUAAGGGACUUCAAAAGGGCAAGAUCCUGACCGAUUGCUGGGCACUCAACAUGAAGAGUGAUCCUGCACAGAUCCGGUUCGAACGUCGUCGCAAACAGGGUUUCCAGCCGUCGCCCCGUGUUGGAUGCUCCAUGCAGUACCACAAGGGCAGAGGCAUGCUUUUCGGGGGUGUUUUCGAUUACGAGGAAACAGAAGAGACUUUGGACUCUGAAUUCUACAACACGCUCCUUUCGUAUAACGUGGAGACCAACAGAUGGUCCAAUCUGUCGCUGCGGUCGAGCAAGAAAAGGGCCGCUGCUAAAAAGGAGAAGGUGGACAAAACUCGACAACUCGAAGAAAUGCUCAACUCUAUUCUUGCAAAACAUAAUUUGGCAGACGACGAAGAGGACGAAGCGCCUGUUGCAGAAGAGGACGACGAUGAGCCUGAGGAGACGCUGGAGAUUCGCAACCAAUUGCCACAUGCCCGUUUCAAUGCCCUGACCUGUGUCGUGGAUGACACUUUGUACAUUUAUGGAGGCAUGUACGAAGUCGGAGAACAGGAGUUCAAUCUGGACUCGUUCUACUCGAUUGACCUAUCCAAGCUGGAUGGAGUUAAAGUGUUCUGGGAGGACUUGUCUGAGCUAGAGAAACAAGAAGCAGAGGACAGCGACGACGAGAGCGACGAUGACGAUGAAGACGAUGAAGAAGAGCAGGAGAAAGAAGUUCUGGUGGCCGAGGAAGAAGAGGAGGAGCCUGAGGAGGAAGAGCCUGAGGAAGCAGAGAUUCCUGACGAGCAUCCUUGGUUGCCGCAUCCAAAGGCAUUCGAGUCGCUGAGAGCGUUUUAUUUGCGUACUGGACCAGACUUCCUCACAUGGGCCAUCAGCCAAAAUCCAGACCAUCGUGGAAAACAUCUUAAAACAAAAGCUUUCGCCCUGUGCGAGACCAGAUGGUGGGAACGGAGAGAAGCUGUCCAAGUUGAGGAGGAAAGUCUGGAAGAGAGUGGGGUUACGGAUGUUAUAGAGAAAGACUUUUCAAAAGGACAGAAAAGAAGAUAG